AUGGCUGCCCCCGUGGCCAUUCAUCUGGAGUUCGGAGGUGGAGCAGAGCUGCUUUUUGACGGCGUCAAGGAUCAUCACAUCAGCCUUCCCAGCCAAACAGAACCUUGUCGCUCGGUCAGAGAUCGGCUCGGCCUUUUGUCGGCGAGGUCAGCGCCGUCUGAGUCGAGGGUCGCGUAUCGUUCAAGCUGCCGCCGACGCCAUCGUGUGUACACCGAUAUUCCGCUUUAUGGACGAAUUAUCAAGAUGAUUCCAUUUUAUUUUCAAGGGGACAUGAAGCAGCUGCUGGCGUGGAUCCAACAGAACCUGCUGAAGGAGCGGCCCGAGCUCUUUGUCCAGGGCGAGUCCGUGAGACCCGGGAUCCUGGUGCUGAUCAACGACGCCGACUGGGAGCUCAUGGGCGAGUUGGACUACCGCCUGCAAGACCAAGACAACGUGGUGUUUAUCUCCACCCUGCAUGGAGGAUAGAACCCACACAAAUCCCCCCCACCCCCCACACUGGACCACGCGUCAGGAGGUGAUGGAUGUUCCUCAAGAGCCGGCAUGGACGAGACCGCAUCUUUGAUUCUUGGCUUUAUUCUAACAUGAUGGGCUGGGAUGGCGGGCAGGAAGUGAACGAGUGCACAGGAGGAAGUUUUAUCAGCGUUGACAAACACGUGGACUGUACGCGGCGUAGCCAUAUCCACAGGCACGAAACAUCAAAUUAUGUAGAUUUCCCACCCGCAGCACGCUACCUUGUUCUUAUUUCUUAUUUUAAAGAAAAUCUAUUUCAAUAUCUUCCUUUUGUAUUUUUGUAGAUUUAUUUCCAUUAUUAUAAUAUAGAUAGCCCCACCCCCAAAUAUAACCUUCUCUAAUUUUCUCCCCCCCGGCGUUUAGAUACAUUAACCAAUACACACGUCAUUCUUUUUAUGUCUUACUUUGGAAAUCUUUAUAAAACAGGACUACACAGGAUGUUCAUGUACAAAGUGUCUUUUAUUUUGAAAUGACCAUGGCAAAGUGACCAUAUAAUUACAACAAUGCCAGAUAUUCCCCGUAUAGCCACCACCAUUAUUUUGACCAAGGACCGAGAUGAUGAGAGAUGUUGAGUUGGACCCCCCCCCCCCAAACAAGCCAGACGUGGAUUGUAUACAGAAUCCAUAUUUCCUCCAUAUUAGUUUUAGUUCAUAAUUUCCCUGUGCCACCCGCCCCCCUGCUGCUUUGUCCACCUGAAUUUCUUCACAAAUUCUCACCAUCUUUAACAAGUCCUGUGUGUGUGUGUGUGUGUGUGU